AUGCAACAGAAGGCCGAGCGAACUCCCGAGGGCGCCAGCUCCAGAGCGAGUGGCGGGGCAUCGGCGGCCGCCGGGGCCUCUCGUGCGGCGAGUCGCACGGCAGGCUCGCAGUCGAGCAGUGAAGAGUUCGACAGCGAAGAACAAGAGUUUUCCGACAUGACCGGCACGAGUGAACUGGAAGAUAUGAGCUGGGUCGAGUGGUUUUGCACGCUGAAGGGGAAUGAGUUGUUCGUUGUCGUCGACGAGGACUUCAUUCGGGAUGACUUCAACCUGACAGGUCUCGCAAGUCAAGUGCCCCUGUUCGAUGAAGCGCUGGACAUUGUGCUCGACAACGAACAGUCCGAAGACGAAGACGACGAAGAAGAACAGAGAAAGUCUGCCAUGGCCGAACAGGCUGCCGAACUCCUCUACGGCCUCGUGCAUGCUCGGUUCUUGGCCACAGCGCGGGGUUUGCAACUGCUUCAGCAGAAAUACGCGCAAAAGCAAUUCGGAGUGUGCCCCAACAGCGCGUGCGAAGGUUGGGCGCUUCUUCCGACGGCUUUGACCGACACCCCGAACAAGCACACUGCCAAAGUCUACUGCGCCAAAUGCUGUGAGCUGUAUCACCCGCCCAAAGGCAGUCGGCUGAACCACUUGGACGGCGCGUACUUUGGCACAUCGAUCGCACAGAUUUUCCACAUGCAGUUUCCUUUCCUGCUUCCGACGGCGCGGAGUACAACUGUGUCGCCCCCGCCGUACUACAUCCCCACCGUGUACGGCUUCAAAGUGUCUCCGCAAGUGAAGACGCGCCUUCGUCUCCAGCAGAUCCCGCGGAUGAUUCACCAGGCGCGACAGAGAGCCGAAGAAGAGCGCGAGGCGCUCCUCGGCAGUCCAGCGGCUGCAGCUGCAGCCGCUGGCAUCUCGAGCGCCGCCGACGCUGCCGCUCAGGCGGCUGUCCCCGCGAACGAGGCAGGCCGGCGGUGA